AUGGACUAUGAUGCUCUCCUGGCGAGGUUCGAUGACUUGGUUGCUCGAGAGAUCAUAUAUUAUUUCCCGCCUACAACAAUCCGGCUGAACGAUGCGGGCUUUGCUUCCGGUGAUAGUGCAUCGCCUAAAGGUUUUGGCCCAGGCAGUGAUAUUGCCAACACUGAUCCAAACUUGGUGAUCACUAUUAUUAACCACACUCAUCUCCUCGUAAUAAACAAAUUUCCUGUUUUCCGGCCCCAGUUGCUCUUGUUGACAUGCGACUCCUACCGGCGGCAGCAUGAACCGCUCACCGUGGAAGACUUUGCGGCGAUUCAAAGCGUCCUGAGCUCGUCGAAAGAACGCCACCUUGUUAUAUACAACUGCGGGCCGAUCGCGGGCGCAAGCAGGAACCAUAAACAUGUGCAGAUUCUGCCACGCCCUGCCCAUCUAUUUCCGGACGACCCGAACUGUGACCCUGAGUGGAUUCCGUUUCGGUAUGGUCUGCGGUAUCUGGGGGGCCCAGAUUUCGAAGAUCCGGAGUAUCCCUCGCAGCUCUCGGCAUCCUACCAGGAACUGUUGGCAGAGGCGAAGGGAAGUCCUGGGAGAUCAGCCGACUCCAACAAUGCAGGGUACUUUCCCCAUAACGUCGCGUUGGUCCGAGAGUGGAUUAUUGUCAUCCCCAGAUGCAGUAACAAUUUCAAGGCCAUUUCUGCCAAUGCGGCCGGAAUGAUGGGCUCUGUUUGGCUAAAGAGUGAAGAAGAGUUGGAUCGUUGGAAACAGGUCGGAUUAUCCAAAGCUCUGGCUGGUUUGGGAUACCCGAGGGAGUCUGAGAAGACGAGCUAG